AUGCCAUCAAAAUUACUGUUGUUAACCUGCGCUCUGACGACGGUUGCAAUGGUAUUCCAGAUACUCCCAGUGAUCUCCAUGCCUCUAGUUAACAGCAUAUAUCUUUCACGUUAUAACGGCAGACUGUUUGGUGUUUUUGGCUGGUGUGUUGUGUCCACAGGUGUAUGCACACCAGCGCGGAUCGGGUACGCGAUGCAAUGUGCGGUGCAAGACACAGAUGGGAUCGACACCGCCACAAUUUGCGAUCUGGAAGAGUUCACCAGCAAUUUUCUACCUUCACGCGCAAAACGGGCCAUUUCCAAGCUGUUAGUCGUUCACCCAAUGUCCCUGUUUUUCACCACAAUUCUGUGGAUUGCUACCAUAGCACUCAACACCCGGGUAUUUGCACGGUCUCGUCGAGCUCUUGCGUGUGCUGUGCUGUGGUCUCUUCCCGCCGUCUUCCUGUCACUCUUGAGCUUUUUGGUCGAUGUGCUAUUAUUCGUCCCGUACCUAGCCUGGCCAGGUUGGCUCAUUCUUGUAAGCACCGUGUUUAUAUCCACUGCAUCCUGUAUCAUGUGCGGCGUGCGGAGGUCGGUUUCGUUACAGAAAUACGAAAAGCUUCGAGGAAAAGAAGUCAUAGAGCUGGUACCAAUGCAAUCCGACAAAAUACAGUCCGAGACUCUGAAUUUAUCGCCUGGAGACUCUCAAUCACAACGCGCUGCGUCGCUUGCAAGCCCAUACCUGGUUAAUAAACCGUAUUAUCCAUCAAGUUGA